AUGCGGUCACGUCGUACUGCAUGCCUCGGCUCCUUCGCGCAGCCGCCCUUCCACACGUUCUGCCUCCGCGCCGCCGCCGAGCUCCCGGCCGUCGUGUUGUCCGUGCAGUACCGCCUCGCCCCCGAGCACCGCCUCCCCGCGGCCAUCAACGACGGCGCAGCUUUCUUGUCCUGGCUGCGCGGCCAGGCCGAGCUUGGUGCCGGCGCCGACCCGUGGCUCGCCCGGACGUUCCUCUCCGGCGACUCGGCGGGUGCCAACCUGGCCCACCACGUCACGGUCCGCGCAGCGUCGGGGCAGAUCGCGGUCAGCCCGGCGCGCGUCGUCGGGUACAUCCUCCUCUCCGCGUUCUUCGCUGGGGCCGAGCGCACGGUGACGGAGGCCGACCUGCCGGCGGGCGUGUCCCUGACGACCGCGAUGGCCGACCAGCUCUGGCGCAUGUCGCUGCCGGUGGGGGCUAGCUUGGACCACCCGCUGGCCAACCCGUUCGGCCCGGAGAGCCCGAGCCUCGCGCCGGUGGAGCUCCCGCCGGCGCUCGUCGUGGCGCCGUUGAGCGACGUGCUCCGCGACCGCGUGCUGGGCUACGGGGCGAGGCUGAAGGACAUGGGGAAGGCCGUCGAGGUUGUCCAGUUCGAGGGGGAGCAGCAUGGCUUCUCCGUCCGCCAGCCGUUCGGCGAGGCGGCCGACGAGUUGCUGCGGGUGAUCAAGCGGUUCGUCUACCGCGGCAACUGA